GAUGCGCGCGGCGCGCAGUUAGUGUGUCACUAGAGUCGGCGCGAGAGGUGGCCUGCAAGGACUGAGCCGCGCCGCCGACUUUUUUUUGUGCGUGCGAUGUUUUCACUUUCGUCAUUUUGACCGGGCCAGUUUGAUUUGACGUCGCUCGCGCACGGACGUGCCUCGGGAUCGGACGGCGCUCGUCCUGUGAUCGGUGCUCCAGGAUCGUUUGGAUUUUUAUUUUCUGUGAGGAAUAUGGCUGUGAUACAGUGCUAAUAUGUUCGAUAGUAACCUACUUUUGAAUUUCUACAAUGAGAUUGCGCAUAGAAGUCUACAGUUGGCAAGUGCUGGAAUGAUGGGCGAGGGCCUGCUGACUCUCACGUACGGCAAGCACCACGCCUGCAUCCUGAACGAGGUGGGCGCGGCGUGGCGCGGCGCGCGCUACUCCGACCUCGUGCUGGUGUGCGACGACGCCGUGCCGCUGGCCGCGCACCGGAUCGUCAUGGCCGCGGCUAGCCCGCUCAUCAGGAAAAUCCUCGAUGACACGCCGGCCACGGAGAGCCCCGUCACCAUCCACAUGUCGGGCAUCAACAGCACGCUGAUGAGGCAUCUCCUGGUCUUCCUCUACAGCGGUCAGGCCUACAUUGAAUCCGGAGAAAUCGAUGACAUGCAAGAACUGUUCGAGCUCCUAGAAAUUAAAUCAGACGUUUGGAAAUCAACAAAGGAACGCCAGCAAGCGGAAGAACGGAACAGAUCUUGCGACAGACAAAAAGCGAAAACCCUCAAAACGGACAUCAACAGCAAUGAAAGCAGUAAACACGACGCACCAUCAGGCUCUUCGCAUUCGGAAAGCGACAGAGUAACACCAAGCGCGGGCUUCAGCAAAGACAAAGAAGAAUUAAGUAUAAAGAAAGAGAACUCGAGUAGUAACGAUGAGAGGGAUGAGGAGGAACAGGAGGAUAAGGAGUGCGGGCGGCUGGCGGGGCGGCGGAGAAGCUCGUCCAACCCGGUCAACCUGUCGGUGGCUAGGACCUCGGAGAACGCGGGCAGUGAGCACGAGGACUCGCAGGAUGUGGACGUGGAAACAGUUGCAGCGAAGAACGUUAACAGAAGAAGAUCUACUUCAUCCAGUCAAGAAGAUCCGCCGCCUGAACCCAUGUACAGAAGACAGUUGCUUAGUGAUCGAUUAGGCCGAGGAAUCGAGAGGGCGAAGCGGAAGUCACACUAUAUAGAACCUCCAGAGCUCGAUUUACGGACUGUAAAACUAGAAGACUACGCGCAUCUUAAACCUCCUGACGCAGAUCUGAUGUCACUCGUGCAAACUUCACCGGAAAAUUAUGUUGUAACACCUCAUCGGAAACGACGACCCGGCUUUCACAACUCUCCUUCUCAGAAUCCUCCGUUCGUUUCAUUUCCACCAAGUUACUUAGAAGAGAUGGCGCAUCUACGGUAUACGCAAGGACCGGGCAGCGUGGCUGCAGUAGCUGCCGGAGCUCGCCUCGGGGCGUUGCACCCGCUCAGUGCGUCCGCGCCGCCCUACCUUCCCGAAAGGAGCGUGACGCCUCCCGCGGGAGCGCAUGAUGACGGCCUAAAAUACCGACCUCCCAGCGCAGGUUCGUGGGGACCCUGGCUCUGUCAGCCUCAGAUGGGUGGCGACGAACCUCCAUCGGCGGAGCACGAACAAGGCUCCAGCAAACAAGCGCCAGUUCGGGAGUACCGCUGCGAGUAUUGCGGCAAACAAUUCGGCAUGUCGUGGAAUCUCAAGACUCACCUCCGAGUCCACACAGGCGAGAAACCUUUCGCCUGCCGGCUCUGCGUGGCCAUGUUCAAACAGAAAGCGCACCUGCUGAAGCACUUGUGUUCGGUCCAUCGUAACGUGAUAUCGUCGAGCGACAACGACGGCCGGACCAACACACCCGGCCGCUUCAACUGCUGCUUCUGCCAGCUGACGUUCGAAGCGUUGCCGGAACUCAUUAGACACUUGUCGGGCCCGCACAAUAGCUUGCUCCUCAGCAAGAACCUGCACGAAUGACGCACGCCCGCCUGACGCGUGCCCACGCGUGUCCAUGGACAUUAAAACUUUCUCUCGAUCCGAGAGUUCAAUUGUGAUAUGUGUUUAAGAAGGUUAUAAUUAUAGGUGUAAGUAAGACAUGUGAUGUCGCAGAGCGAUACUCGUGAAACAUUCGCAGGAGAAGGUCGCUGCGGAUGUGAUUCUGAUGUAAAUGUAUAAUAAAUCACAUGUUUGCCGCAUGGGUCCAAAUUUUUAUAAUUUGUUUAAAAAUUAUAAACCGGGACCAAUACCUUCCGAGAUAGUAUUUAUUUGAAAAAUGUAUUUCAUUAGCGUUAAAGUUAUUUAAAAGCCACCGACACAUUAAUUUCUUAAGAAUAGAAAAUAGACACGUAUGUCAACGGAAAGUUGCGAAGUGUGUAAAGCCUAAAGUAACGUGAACUACCUCCUAAUUUAAAUCUGUAAUCGACGAGACCGUGGUGACGUUGAAAGUGUUUAUCAUUGACUCGAUGACGUCGUCUGCCGCUCCGCCGGUCAAUGAUUCUAGUCAGAAUUGGAACUAAGAAUUAGUCAAUCAGAGUCAAGGUUACUCACUUCUAUUGGAAUAAUUGGUACCUGUCAACAAAUUGUAGGUAGGUUAGAUUUUAAAAACUCUUUCAAAUCCUAAAGGCCUAUUGAAUAGGUAUCGCUUCUGUAAAGCCAUUUAAAUUCCACCACAAGUUCCAAUGAAUGCAUCUGACUUGACAUUUCGCAGCUUUUUAACGACAUCUUACAAUCUCAACAUUAGAUAUUACCGUAUAUGUAUAAUUUCUAAAGUAGAAGAAAAAUGUGUUCGUAUUAAUUCUAUUUUUGUAUAAAGCCGUAUCCUUCCAUUCGUUUGUGCCGAAGAUUUGCUAUGUGGAUGAGCACCAAAGAUUUGUGAAGCAUUAGAUCUUUUGGCGAUUAUGUUACGGGCAAAAGCCUUUAAAAUGUGUUUUUGAAUAUUUGCGCCAAAUUCCAAAGAAAUUUAGUAACGCACAAUACUUUUCCUAAUUCCAAUACACUAUUUAAACAUCCGGAUUUUGCCCGUAAUAUAUCCAAUUAAGAAUUAAAGGGACCUGAAAUGAUUUUGAUUUUUAUACUUAAGGUAUAGGUACCAAUUGAAUAAUCUCAAGAAGUAUUGUUACUAACUUUAUUCCUACGAACAUUUCCGUAUUUCCACUACGGCCUUUUAUACUAAGCUUGGAUAUCUUUCUAUUUUUUAUUAUUUUUACGUCUUAGCGUAAUUGAAGCUUAUCAGGCAAUAUUUCCAAAUGAAUAAUUUAAUGUAACAAUAGGUAUUUUAUCCUUAUUGCGUUAAUUAUACGCUUCUUAACGAACACAUUCGUGGCCAGUUGAUAUUAAAGCUACAUUGUUAUAGUGAAAUACUGGGAUAUGUUUUCCUUUAUAGUUUCUUUGUUUACCUUUUCUACCGCUUUUUAGAAGUCUGACCACUAUUUUAGGUUCUUUUUUUACGUAAUCUGAAAUGACAAUAGUGUUUAUCUUCACAAGUUUUUCGCCCUUCAUUAAAUAUGUUUAAGAGUCAGUAAAAUCAACGCUGGUUUUUCGUUGUGAAAUUAUACAUUCUGUAUUCUAAAAUACUCAUUUUUGUACGUUUACUAUUUCUACGUAAUAAAGAUACGUAGUUACGUCUAAUUGAGAAUAAUUUUGUUGUAAUUUAUUGUAAACGGUCGUGGAACGUCACGAUGUUGCCAGUUAUCUCAGUCUAUUAUGGGAUCUUGGCCGUGACUUUUCCUACUGUUAAACAUUUUCUUAAUGGUGCCCUGUUAACCAAUGCACGACGCAUAAAUUGCAUGAAUACUUAUUAUUAUUAAAGUAAUUGUACUUCGAUGAAAACUAAAGUUACCAACGUGUUGUUCAUAACGUAAUUAUAAUGUUAAAAAUCGCUUUAAUAUCCUUUCGAACGUUACCUUUUGUUAUACCUGAUUUAUUUUGUUUUUCUUCUAUUUUGUUCUACGUCGAAUAAUUUUCUUAAAAUAAUUGGGGAACAAUUUUAAUAUUAAGCAUUGUGAUGUUGUGGUAUCGUUAGAUUAUUCUUGUGAUAAUAUCCUGUUCUUGUUGUAAGUGAAGACAGGGAACGCCGUCUUCCAAUGCGUUUUCCAUUUGGAUUAGUGUAAAAUACGAUUAGGAUAAUUCGAAAGCAUGACAAAAGUGACAGUCCAUUGCGCCUGAAGUGUGCGGUCUGUGAACAAAUUAUUCAAAAAGUCUUCAGUGGAUACGUAUUCGUUGUGAUAUGUCGACGCUCGUCGAAGUUGCCUUAAAUUUAGUAAUAACAAUGCAAACUCUGAACCGUUCUAGAUGAACAUUCAUUCGAAAUAAUACCUUCUAAAAUACAUGACGUUGUAAAUACUUAUAAGUAGAUAAUGUACAUACUAAUUAGUUUUAAGUUUAAUAAUGAAAAAAAGCUUAACUUAAACUUUGUUGAAAUUGAUUUUCUCUGUUAAUUGUAAAUUAAAAGUUAUCUUGUAAGUUUUCACAUAGUGUACAAUUUUUGUAGAUACCCUACUGUUUAGAACAUUAACAAUCUGUAAAAAUGUGUUCUUACCGUAGUAAAUUAAAUAACGAGAAUAUUUUAGUUACACA